AAAGAGACGGGAAAUACUCGUCAGAUUUGGUUCAUCAUGCAUCAUAAUAAGUGGGUACUUGAUUUGGAUUCAGAGAACCCGGGAGAUGUAUUCUUUUUUCCGGCAUAGAUGCUUAAUAAAUAAGAAUUCUAAUGAAGAAACGAGGGGCGAGAAAAACUUCUAGCCACUCAAUACAUUUGUGGCUGAGGAUAGGUCAAACCUACGAACAGAUCUGAUUUAUUCAGAGUUUGAAAGAGUAAUGGACAGCAUUUGCCAGGAGAGAUACACCCCACAUAUAAACAUCGUAUUGCAUGAUGUUAAGCAUCAGACAAAGUUAAAAAAAUGGUGUCUGUACAGAUUGAGAAGUUGGCCAUUGUUUUUGGGUUCUCAAAUUCAGACCCAGAUGGUGUGAUUAGAAUCAGGAGAAUUCUUAGAAUUUGUGGGGAUUGCCAUACUCCUGCUAAGUUUAUCUCCGAAGUUAGGACAAGGGAAAUUGUUUGUGAAAGAUCUGAGGGUGGGUAAUCAGAGUCAAGCUGAGAAUCCAUGGAUUUGAAGUCUCUGGAGCUCAAACUCAUGUAUUGCAAAGAUCUGCAAGCGUUUAAUUUUUUCCAGAAACUCCUGGUGUACGUUCUUGUUUCACUCGAGAGUGAUGACCCUGACAAGAAAAUAAACCAGAACCAGAAACAGAAAACACCCACAGAUGCAGAAGGAGAUGGGAAUCCUGAGUGGAAUCACGAGAUGUAUUUUGAUCUGAGUAAGGUUUCAUUUGUGAAUUGUGAUCAUCUCUUUAUUCAUUUUGAUCUCUGCCAUGAAGGACUCUUAUUUGGAGAUAAAACUAUUGGGGAAGUUCGUGUGCCUUUGAAGUGUUUGAUUCAAGACAGCAGUGAGAUCGUCAGGUUUGUGAAUUAUCAAGUACGCUCUCCUGAUGGACAGCCCAAUGGAUUUCUGAAUUUCUCAUAUACUGUGCAUGCUAAGGCUGAGAUCAGUGGCUACUCAGCAGUUGUUCAUCAUCAGCAUCAGUCCCCUGAGAGCUUAUCUCCUGAAAUUCAUCACUAUCCAUCUCCACAAUUUGAAACUUACCCAGCUGCUCAAGUUUGGUACCCAUCUCAUGAUUAUCCCCCUGCUCCUCAUGCCUAUUAUCACCCACCACCAAUGCCGCUGCCACCUCCGCCGCCGCCACCAUUUCCGCUGCUGAACCACCCACCACCACCCCUACCACCACAUCCACAUGGGAUAUGUUACCAUCCUCCAGGGUUUCAGCCUUGGACGCCCACUGGACGUUAUGACGUUCAUAGUGUGCUUCGGAACUGGAGAUCAACAGGCAGAGAAUCCCAGAGUUAUUGGCACAGUUAUUGGAACAGAAGGUGAGGAACUCUAUUGUUUCAGAUUUGGAGUUGACAUUGCCUUUAUCUAAAUCAUAAUUAAUUAUCAUUAUUGCUUAAAUAUCAACGACUCUAAUGAUAAAAAAUCUGCUACCUAACCUAACUAUACGUGGAGAAUUUCAUGUAAGACUGCCUAUUGCAGUAACACAGGAAAACAAACU